UGUCCACUGUGAGGUGAUGUCCAGGAGGAGGGGGGAUUGAUGUGACGUGUUCUUAAACCACAGUUUAACUGUUCUCAUGCUUGUGCUCUUGAGUGUGUCGAUACUGUUCUUACCAGAGAACUAAUCCUGAGUAAGAACAUUGGUGAAUCUUUGAAUCUUCACCAAGAUCUUCCUGAACUGGCGUGAAGUGGGUUUUAUGAAGAAAUUUCCUCUUAAGCAUGGUUUUUUCACGCUGGCCUCUGGCAGGUUUCUGCGCUAUCACUUUGUAAAUGAGUCCAAGAACUGGACAGAAGCCCAGAGGUACUGCAGAGAGCAAUAUGAUGACCUGGCGACGGUGCAGAACGUGGACGACAUGAACCAGUUGGUUGUGUCUGUCAAUGGCAGUUACAACGGCUCAGCCUGGAUCGGACUGUACAACGUCAUAAAUCCAUGGAGGUGGUCCCUGGAUGACCGCAACUCCAGCGGUGCUACAGAACUAACUUACACCAACUGGUACCCUGGACGGCCUCUGGAUGGACAGUGCGUUUGGAAGCAAAAUUCUCUGUACAACGCACCCUGGUCAGAUGUCGCCUGUGACGUUCUUCAGUCUUUCAUUUGCUAUGAUGGGAGAGCUAGCGCUGUCCAGCCUUACGUCCAAAUAGCGCUGUUUAUGAACUUCACUGAUGCUCAGAGUUACUGCAGGCAGCACUACACCGAUCUCGCCAGCGCCAGAGACUUCUCUGAGGACCUCAUGAUCGCCAGCGUUCAGACCAACCAACAUUCCUACAUCGGCCUGUACAGGACCAACACUCUCACGUGGUCAGACGGGAGUAAUUCCACUUUUACACACUGGGCUGCUGGGCAGCCACAUCAGUAUCAAGGAACGCCGUACUGCACCGCUACGUCAAUUUCCAACUCCGGAGGGUGGACAGAUCAUUCCUGCACAGACACGAGGCCUUUCGUGUGCCACAGUGUGCAGACAGAUCCUGUGGUUGGACUGAGGGUGGUGUUUACGACGAGGAGGAACCUGUCAAAGUCUGAGAUCAGGGAUCUGGUGUCUCAGAAGAUUAAAGAGCAGCUGGUCAGCGGGGGACUUCCUGACAUCAUCACUGUAAACGUGACGCAAAUCAAUAAACGCAGCCCCUGAGGGAAGCACACUGACUCCGCCUCUCAUACGCCCACCCGUGCAUGUAUAGACCACCGCAGUCCUGCCUCAUUCUGCGGACCUCGUUAUGCCCUUAUUAGGAACUCCGGGUCUCAGCCUCAUUUCUCUAUGGCCAGAAUGAACAGGGAAAGCUCGCCUCUAUCGCCCCCUGUGCUAAAUA